AGCGUGUCCCAUGCGUGUUGUGGUAAACAAAAUCGGAGGUGCGUGUGCAUGCGUAGAAGAGCUAAUGGAGGAUACUGAUCUACUCACAGGGGGCUUAGUUAGCAGGCUGUCUUCUUUCUCUUCUGUUCACAACUGCUGUAUCUAUUGAUUACGAGGUAUUUACAACGCAAAGGAACGACGUCUAAAUCGACCAAGAGGAGGCGGAGGUGCCAUUGAGUUUUGGGAUGGCGUCAGACACGGCUUCCCAAAACCAUGGUUCCAAGGGGAUCAUGACCUUUUACCCCACUAUGGAGGAGUUCAAGAACUUCAGCCGCUACAUGGCAUAUGUGGAGUCCCAGGGAGCUCACAAAGCAGGCCUGGCUAAAAUUGUCCCACCAAAGGAAUGGAAGCCUAGAGGCAAUUAUGACGAUAUAGACGAUUUGGUGAUACCUGCACCCAUUCAGCAGGUGGUGACAGGCCAGUCGGGCCUUUUCACACAGUACAACAUUCAGAAGAAGGCCAUGACUGUCAGAGAGUUCCGCAAGAUCGCCAACAGUGACAAGUUCUGUAGUCCACAUUAUGACGACUUUGAGGAGCUGGAAAGGAAGUAUUGGAAGAAUGUGACAUUUAACCCUCCCAUAUAUGGAGCAGACGUUAAUGGCACUCUAUAUGACCCUGAGGUCAAAGAGUGGAACAUCUGCCAUCUAGACACCAUUUUGGAUACUGUCGAACGUGAAAGCGGCAUCACUAUCGAGGGUGUUAAUACACCCUACUUGUAUUUUGGAAUGUGGAAGACCACCUUUGCGUGGCACACUGAGGACAUGGAUCUCUACAGCAUCAACUACCUGCACUUUGGAGAGCCUAAAUCAUGGUACUGUGUUCCUCCAGAGCAUGGCAAAAGAUUGGAGCGUUUGGCCAAAGGGUUUUUUCCUGGUAGUUCCCAGAAUUGUGAGGCCUUUUUGAGGCACAAGAUGACUCUCAUCUCUCCCUCUAUACUGAAGAAGUAUGGUAUUCCAUUUGAUAAGAUUACUCAGGAGGCUGGUCAGUUCAUGGUAACCUUCCCCUAUGCCUACCAUGCUGGUUUCAAUCACGGUUUCAACUGUGCAGAAUCCACCAACUUUGCCACAGAGAGAUGGAUUGAGUAUGGCAAGCAAGCAGUUUUGUGCUCAUGCCGUAAAGACAUGGUAAAGAUCUCCAUGGAUGUAUUUGUGAAGAAAUACCAGCCAGAUCGCUUUGAUGCGUGGCUGGCAGGGCGAGAUGUGAUACCUAUUGAUCACUCACGACCCACCCCAGAAGCUAAGGAGUUCCUGGGGGAUUCCUUUAACGACAUCACCAGCACCAGCAACAGUAACUUCACGGAGAGCUGUGGGGAGGAUGGAGAGCGCAAGAGCGCUACACAGAGGAUAGAGACCAAGAGACACCGAGUGUGCCUGGAGGUGCCCAAGGAGGUUGUUCCCAAGGAUGAAGAUGAGGAAGACGUGGAGCAGUAUGGGAAGCGUCCCAGACUGAGCCUUAUGCCUCCGCGUACAAUGUCACAAGAUGGCAAAAGAAAUAAAGGCCCACCAAAGUUGGUUGUGACUCCAACCAAGCUCACUUUGUUGGAUCCAUUUCACAGGGGCCUGACCCAAAGUAACAGUGAUGUCGCACGUCCCCCUCAUUACACCAAGACCCGUGCCCCUGCGAUCUCGUCUCAGUCCCAGCACAGAAACGGACACCUGUCAGUUUCAGCACCACCUACGUGGACUGAAGCCACCGCUCAGCCCGCCCGCAAAAUGGGGGUAGCCAGCCUUCUCUUCCACAGAACUCUGAGUCCAAAAGACACUCUUCAGGUGCACAGCUACACCCUAGAAAAGCAGCAGCAGCCGCACACGCAGCUGCAGGUGCAUAGCUAUGCCAGAGAGCACCAACCCCGUCAUCUCCAGCACAAAAUCUGUACACCGUCACACACACAGGUUCACACCUCGUCGCCUCAGGCACCAAGCUGUGAAAGAACGAAGCCACAGCCAGAAAUCAAGAUUGUUCUUACCAAAGUAGCACAGAAUGAAUCAAAAGCACAGAGUCUGGUGGAGCAGGACCAAAAGGAGGAGAAACCUAAAGUGUCUGUACCUGUUGAGACCCAGGUGGAAGUGGAGAAGCCUGAAGUUGAACCCAUAAGCAAGUCUGCUUCAUCUGAGACUCAGACACACCCUGCAACCCAGAAAAUGGAGAUGGAGGCCCCAAAGAACAACAAGCGAAAGAGUAUCCAAUGCCCCCUUGCGGAUAGUGGCAUUGUCAUCCUGAAAGACACCAAUGCUGUCAGGAAACCAGUGUCUGAUGAGAUGAAGGUGAUCGCUCAGAUUCAUCAUCUGGUGUCAGAAGAACAGUCAUACUGCAAGUCAGUUGUGAAGAAGCAACAGCAGCAGGCACAGCUCCGCCAGCUUCCCCGUCAUCACCCUCUAAUCAGAGAGCUGCACAGCGACGAUGACAUGUAUGUAGAUGUGGAGGACGAGCAAGAGGAGAAAGAGGAGUGGGCGAAGCCGCUAACCCACCUGUGGCAGUGUCGGCCAUAUAGCCCUGAGGCAGAGAGAGAGUACAACAAGAUCAUGGGCCAGCGGGCCCCCUACUGCUCCAUCUGCUUGCUCUUCCACACCUAUCAUCAGUCCGAGUCUAAUAGCGGGAGUUCCUGCGUGAUGUUGGUGAACCGUCCAGGGGGCCGCCAGUGGUCCAAGCCACUCAUCCCUGAAAUGUGCUUCGACACUCAAACCAGCAAGAUGAAUGACAGCGGGGAGGGACAGCUGUCUAACCCUCAUGUAGCAGAGGACGGGACCAGCCGGCUGGUCAGCUGUGCUCAGUGCUGCGUCCGCGUACAUACCAGUUGCUACGGUGUGUCUGGUGAUGAAGCAGACUUAGACGACUGGCUGUGCGCCCGCUGCGAGGCUAAUGCCAUCACAGAGGAUUGCUGUCUGUGUUCCUUGAGAGGUGGAGCUCUGCAGAGAGCCAACAAUGACAAGUGGGUUCAUGUACUCUGUGCCAUCACUGUGCUGGAAGCUCGCUUUGUCAACAUCAGCGAGCGGGGGCCCGUUGACCUCUCUGCGAUCCCGCUGCCGCGCUUCAAACUGAAGUGCGCGUACUGCAGGAAACGGAUGAAGAGGGAGGUGAAGGGUUGCUGUGUCCAGUGCUCCCACGGCCGCUGCUCCACGGCGUUUCACCCCACCUGCGCUCAAGCAGCUGGUGUCCUCAUGCACCCAGAUGACUGGCCUUUCAUAGUCUUCAUCACCUGCCACAGGCACAGAGCACCUCUCUUACCUGAGCGCAACAAGGCCUCCAUGCGAGAGCUGACACAGGGGCAGAGGGUGAUCUGUAAACACAAAAACGGCCGUUACUACCACAGCGAGGUGGUGGAGUUGACCACAGCCACCUUCUACGAGGUUGUGUUUGACGACGGGUCCUACAGCGACAACCUCUUCCCAGAGGACAUUGAGAACCGUGACUGUGUCCGACUCGGUCCGCCCGCUGAAGGCGACGCUGUUCAAGUGCGAUGGACUGAUGGGUUGAUAUAUGGAGCCAAGUUUGUAGCGUCACACUCCAUUCCUAUGUACCUGGUGGAGUUUGAGGAUGGAUCACAAAUCUCUGUCAAGCGAGAAGACAUCUACACUCUGGACGAGGACCUGCCCAAACGAGUCAAGUCACGAAUGUCGGUGGCGUCAGACAUGCGCUUUGAGCUCUUUGCACAGAGCGAUGUCAAACAGAACUCCAAAAGGCAAAGGGUCAUCAACUCUCGAUACAGAGAGGACUACAUCGAGCCCGUCAUCUACCGAGCCAUCAUGGAGUGACGUCCAUAUAUUUUCUGUCAUGCUUUCCACCUCAUCAACCCACCACACAGAGAUGCAGCACCAGGUCUUUGUUUUGUGGUCUGCCUUCUCUGUUUCUGGCUACUGCCGAUAAGAACGACCAACGCCCUCAUCCUCCUCCUUCUUCCACGGCCUGUCAGGCUACAUAUUUAUAAACUACGGCUGGGACUUUAAAUAACUUGUGCGUGCAUUGAAUAAUACCCUUACACCCCCGUUUCCCAUCACACUUUGUGGAUUAUUUUUUUCCUCCUCCGUUUCAUUUUUCUUUUUUCUCAGGAUGAAGCCAUCAUUGAAUUAUUAAACAUGGAAAAGGUU